CGCCUGCGUCCUAGGGUCUGUCUACUGCUGCUCUGUGGUUGAGGCGCUGGCGUUCUUGCUCGAGAGACAUGCGCUCGGGCGGCGCGGUGCGGGUUUGCAGCCGCGUCUGCAGGCGCUGGCUCUCCGGGUGCGCGGGUCCCGCAGACGGGCCGGAGGACCGCGAGGCGCUGGUAGACCUCUGCCGGAGAAGGCACUUCCUCAGCGGCACGCCGCAGCAGCACAGCCCGGCUGCUCUCCUGAGCGGGUGCCACCCGGGCUUUGGACCUUUGGGUGUCGAGUUGCGAAAGAAUCUAGCCUCCCAAUGGUGGUCCACCAUGGUGGUUUUCAGGGAGCAGGUCUUCGCGGUGGACGCCCUCCACCACGAACCAGGCCCUUCGCAGCCCGGGGACAGUGCCUUCAGGUUAGUUUCUCCAGAAUGUAUACGCGAAAUCUUGCAAGACAAAGAGCUGAGUAAGGAACAGCUAGUGGCAUUUCUUGAGAACUUAUUAAAAACUUCUGGGAAACUACGGGAGACUCUUCUUCACGGUGCCUUGGAGCACUAUUUUAAUGGCCUGGAUCUGGUAAACAGAAAGCUGCCUUAUGGUCUUGCUCAGAUUGGAGUGUGUUUCCAUCCCGUUUCCGACACUAAGCAGAUACCUGGCAGUGUUAAAAGAAUUGGUGAAAAGACUGAAGCUUCAUUGGUGUGGUUUACUCCUGCGAGGACCUCAAGCCAGUGGUUUGAUUUCUGGUUGCGUCAUAGGCUUCUCUGGUGGAGAAAGUUCGCUAUGAGCCCGUCUGACUUCAGCAGCACCGACUGUGAGGAUGAAGCCGGGCGGAAGGGCAGCAAACUUUACUACAGCUUUCCCUGGGGAAAGGAGCCAGUAGAGACUCUGUGGAACCUAGGAGAUCAAGAACUACUCCACAUGUAUCCCGGGAGUACAUCUCGGUUACAGGGUCGAGAUGGGCGGAAAAACGUGGUUCCUUGUGUUCUGUCUGUAAAUGGGGACCUAGACCUAGGCACGCUGGCAUACAUCUAUGAUUCCUUCCAGCUCUCAGAGAACUCCUUUGCAAGGAAGAAGAGCCUUCAGAGAAAGGUGCUUAAACUUCACCCUUGUUUAGCCCCUAUUAAGGUGGCUUUGGAUGCGGGGAAAGGCCCGACAGCAGAACUAAGACAGGUUUGUCAAGGGCUACUUAAUGAAUUACUAGAAAAUGGGAUUUCUGUGUGGCCUGGUUAUUUGGAGACUGUGCAGUCUUCAUUAGAGCAACUCUAUGCAAAGUACGAUGAAAUGAGCAUCCUCUUCAUGGUUCUGGUUACCGAGACUACUUUGGAACGUGGGUUAAUCCAGCUGAGAAGUCGAGACACCACAAUGAAGGAAAUGAUGCACAUAUCCAAACUGAAAGACUUUCUCAUCAAGUACCUAGCAUCGGCCACCAAAGUGUAGGUCUUCAUAGUUCUGUAAUAAAUACUCUUUUGACUUUGUUAGCUUAUAUUGUUAUGGUUUUGACCGUUUUGCAUUUAUAAAGUGGACAUUGUUGUCUCUUCUUUGA